CAGCAACUACAACAACAACAACAACAACAGCAACAACAAUUACAACAACAAUUACAACAAGAUACUUAUAAUAAAGACAGCACCACGAUGCCUGCUUCAGUUCAACAACACACUGUGCCAUCCAUUCAAGAAAAUGGUCAACCUUCUGUACAUACACCCAUCCAAGACUCACAACCAUCCACCACUAAACCACGGAAUAGUCGAUACCAACAAUACGAUCAACAUGUGAUGCAACAAAGAAAAGAUCGACCUAGAUUGAAACUAGAUGAUUUCCAUCUAUUACGUACAUUGGGUACAGGUUCGUUUGGAAGGGUAUUAUUGACACAAUCUCGACACAAUCAUCGAUACUAUGCCAUCAAGAUCCUCAAAAAGUCAGAAGUGGUUCGCUUGAAACAAGUGGAACAUACCAACAAUGAAAAGUUGAUCUUGGAACACGUUGCUUGUCCUUUUAUCAUCAAUUUAUGGGGUACAUUUCAAGAUGACUCAUUUUUAUAUAUGGUGAUGGAUUAUGUUCCUGGUGGUGAACUGUUUUCUGUAUUAAGAAGAAGCAAGCGAUUCCCAGAUCAUGUUGCCAAGUUUUAUGCAGCUGAAGUGAUAUUAGCCAUUGAUUAUUUACAUGGCAAAGAUAUUAUAUACAGGGACUUGAAACCAGAAAAUUUAUUAUUGGAUGCUCAUGGACAUGUCAAGAUCACUGAUUUUGGUUUUGCAAAGUUUGUACCAGAUGUUACUUGGACAUUAUGUGGAACACCUGAUUAUUUGGCACCAGAAAUCAUUCAAUCCAAAGGAUAUAGUAAGGCAGUAGAUUGGUGGUCAUUAGGUGUUUUGAUUUUUGAAAUGUUGGCUGGACAUCCUCCUUUCUUUGAUGAUGAUCAUCUGAAAUUAUAUGAAAAGAUCAUUCAAGGAAGAAUCAAAUGGCCUCCUUAUUUUGAACCUUCAGCAAAACAUUUAUUGGAACGAUUACUCACAAGUGAUUUAUCAAAACGGUAUGGUAAUUUGAAAAAUGGUGCAGAGGAUAUCAAAAGACACCCUUGGUUUGAUGGUGUGGAUUUUGAAUUAGUGGCCAAACGACAAAUCCGUGCUCCUUAUGUACCAAAACUCAAUGGUGAAGGUGAUGCUAAUAACUUUGAUCGUUAUGCUGAAUCCAAGGAUGAAUAUGGUAAACCUGCUCCUGAUCCACAUGCUGACAAGUUUCCUACAUUUUAGAUAUAAUUAUCAUCAUUAUUUUUUAUAUUUGUUUGUCUUGUUUUAUAUAAUAAUAAAAAAGAAAAG